UUUUUCCAGAUGCCGGAAGGGUUGGUGGUGAUACAUGAGUGGGGACGGCGAGGAAAUUAAAGGAUGCCCGGGGAAGGAGCCCGGGGAUUUGUUUCGAUGUGGGCGCGUUGUAAAGAUCUGUGCCCCGAUGGUGCGCUAUUCGAAGUUGGCUUUCAGAACCUUGGUUAGGAAGUAUGGCUGCGACUUGUGUUAUACACCAAUGAUAGUGGCAGCUGAUUUUGUGAGAUCUGCAAAAGCAAGAGACAGCGAAUUCACAACAAAUAAAGGUGAUAAUCCAUUGAUUGUUCAGUUUGCUGCUAAAGAGGCGCAGGUUUUAUGUGACGCUGCUCGUAUCGUCUGUCCUUUCGCAGAUGGAAUAGACUUAAACUGUGGCUGUCCUCAGAGAUGGGCAAUGGCAGAAGGUUAUGGUGCUUGCCUGAUAAAUAAACCAGAGCUAGUUCGAGAUAUGGUGAGACAUGUGCGGAAUCAGAUCGACAUCCCUAGAUUUUCGGUAUCUAUUAAAAUAAGGAUACAUGAAGACUUAAAAAGAACAGUUGACCUGUGUCAAAAAGCUGAAGCAACUGGAGUCUCAUGGAUUACAGUACACGGGAGAAAUGUAGAAGAAAGACAUCAGCCUGUGCAUUACGAUGCAAUUAAAGUAAUUAAAGAAAGUGUGUCUAUACCUAUUGUGGCUAAUGGAGACAUUAAAACUUUAAAAGAUGCUGAAAAUGUUCAUCACCUGACAGGAGCAGAUGGUGUAAUGGUGGCUCGAGGGCUCCUAGCAAAUCCAGCAAUGUUUGCAGGAUAUGAAGAAACGCCUUUGAAGUGCAUCCAGGACUGGGUUAACAUUGCUCUUGAGCACGGAACACCUUUUACGUGUUUUCACCACCACCUAAUGUACAUGAUGGAACGGAUAACUUCAAAACAAGAAAAAAAAGUUUUUAAUGUUUUAUCAAGUACCUCAGCAGUUCUAGAUUAUCUGAAUGAUCAUUAUGGCGUGUGCUAACUGAAAGUAUUCUAGUUGUAUGUAAACUUGUAUUUUGCAAUUGCUGAUGCAUUGUUACAGUUUUACUUGGGCUUCUAAUUAUUAGCCAAAUUCAUAACCAUGUAAAUAUUUUUCAAUACAGUUUAACAUGAUGAGGCUGAUAGUUUAUAUUUUUAGUAUUUUUAUAUCAUCUUUCACUCCAUAUUCCACAAAUGCAUAAUUCUAUUUACAAUACAUGACUGUACAGAGAACUGACUAUUGUAAGACUCCAGUAAUUUAAUUUUUCACCAGACAAUUGCUUACAGCAAUAUGUUAGCAAACCUAAGGCUUUUUUAAAGUGAAACUUCUUAAAAUCAGGCUGCUCAUAAGUAAUACCAAGAUUUUCAGACCAAAAGAAUCCAAAGGGAGCAAUUCUAGAAGUAUUUGCUGUAACUGACAUAAGAUGUGCUUUUAAAUUUGAGUAGACUUUACAAUACUGUGAGACCUUGAAGCCCAGUGUAGUACCCUCUCAAAUUAGAUGUUCCUUUUGCAAUCUAAAACUUUCCAAACUUAUUUAUAACUCAGAAAAAAUCUAUACUUCCAUAUAGUGAAAGAAACCUGGAAUGCAUUUAAAACGACAGAAAGAAGGAAAGAGUAAACUGAAGAGAUAAUUUAAACGAAGUACAGACCUAGCUGAAUCUAGAAUACAAGACCUGAAAGUUCAAUGUAACCAAAUACGGUAUUGAUUAUCUACUAUAUAGUAAUCAUAUAAAAGAUUAAAGGAAUUAUCUACCAAACCAGAACGUUAUAGGUCAAAGAAAAGCCGACAGAUUCUCCCAGUGGGGCUCCUACAUCCUUUCUGCCUGCAGGCAUGUUGCUUAUCAAAGCAUGACGGCCACUUGGCUUUGGAUCUUUGUAUAGGAGAACAGUGAAAAUUAGAACAAGAUAAUAACAUUGCACACCAGCUGCAUUUGUUCUGCAGAGGAAAUUUCACAAAUCUGUGCAGUACAAUUAUUUGUAAUCAGAUAAUUUGUUUCCUUUCUAUGUUUACACUGAAAUUCAUACAAUAAUUUUCUUCAUUUUCUAACUCAAGUACUUCCAUGAAUAUACAAGUGAGUAGUUCUGAAUUUUCUUAAUAAAUUACUUGUUUUCAUAUACAAUAGUAAUUUGUUUAUUGCACUGUAAACUAUGACAACAUGGCAGAGGGUGUGUGUUGCUUCUGAUGCCAUUUCCCAAAUCCAUUGUAUAGAUAUCUAUGUUCUCAAGUGAUUUUUAUGCAGUGGCAUAAAGGACUUGUUCAUUUUUCGUAGAGAAUAUACACUGAUUUAGGUAUACAACAGUUGAAAGGCAUGACAUGAGUCAUCAAGUCUAGUUCACUAUUCAGGACAGCGAAGUUACAUAUCUCUUCUGAUACGAUCAUCCUCCUGAUGAGUUAACAAAUGAAAAACCACAGACAUGCUUUGUUGUCCUAGGGUAAUUGAGACAAUCUCUUUCAACCUUUCUUGGCAUGUUAGGUUCUCCAUUCCUUCAGACAACUACUUUCUUCAUUCUUCUGGCUUGUUAGGUUCUCUUGGCAGUGAGAUGAGCAGAAUUACAUAUGGCAUUCCAGGUGACAUGCCAGUGGUGUCUUCUACAACGGCAUUAAUACUUCACUUUCUAAUGCCUUGCUUUUCUUUAACUAAUGUAUCUCUGAGCUUUUCCAUGUAAUUUAUGAAGUCCCAAUUUUACAGCAGUUCUUAUUACCUAACUGCAUGACAUUGUAUUUUGUACUGCUAAAUUUCCAGUCUCGUGUUCAUUCUACUAUAGUGUAAUUCUCCUCAGUUCUGAAAUUGUCUUGAGCCUCCUGCAUCAAAAUUUAAAUGUAAAACUACACAACUGACUUGUAUAGGAAAGAGAUUCUUUAAAGUAUUAAUCAAGUCUUGUGUUAGCAUUUACCUAGGAUUUUUAUGAUUUGGCAAACAAAUCACCAUUUGCUAUGAAAUGCCCUAUUAGCCACAAGGAGCAAAGUUAUUUAUUAUAAUCAAGUAACACAAAUGCAAGACUUAUUAGUUGGGAAAUUGUAUUUUAGAAGACUUGAAGUACCUUGACCUAUUUAGGAACUGAAUACAUGAUGAUUUUGAAGGCAGCAGUUGUUGUGCCUGUGUGAUAUCAGUCAGAGAUUUCUGCCUGAAGUACAGUUAAUAUAGUUAGUAAUUAAUGAUCUGGCCAAUUAUGGAUCAUAAUAGUCGAUGGAAGUUUAUCAUCCCUUUUUGCAGGUGAAACAAACGGUUGAGAGUUGAUUUGUAUGCCUCCUUCCCCUUAUCAAUUUUGUCUGCAUCUGAACACAUUUCAUUGUGUUGACACAGAAUAAACUGCAAAAUUUGCGUCUUAAAGCCA